AUAGGAUAACACGCAUGCGCAGAGCAGCACCAUCGUACCACAUUCCCCGCUUUUCCUCACAGUGAGAAAAAAAAUUAAGAAGAAAACAUAUAAUUUUUGAUUUAUUCCACGGUCACAUGAGGAAUUGUAUCAUCGUUUCUGUACAGUCUUCGAGGAGCAUCAAAUCUGACCGUGAGGGCUCAGUAAAUCCUCGUAAGUAUGUGUUUAUGAGUGAAACCUCAUUGUUUGAAUGGAGGAGGGCCGACAGUAAACCGACAGUAAACGGUUCCACGAUCAGACUCAAUUCUAACCGAUUUAGAUGGAAUUAUGCUCCUCUGUGUCAAGAUUUUACUGUUAAAUAUAAUAUCAGGAAGAUUCGUUGUCAGGUCUGUAAACACACAGAGUUCAGAUAAUGUAAUCUGAACGAAGGCCAUCUUUGUUUUUCCUUUUUUAUACAGAUUUCAUUGUUUUUCCUCGAAUAAAAUGUGCCAUAUUUUUGAUGUGUUCGUGUAUUUCCGAUUUAUAGUCACUGCUUCUGUCUGGUAAACGGAGCUGAGCUGAAUGCUAAAUUGAUCGAGGAUCAUUUUUUUGGAUUUAAAUUGAAAUAAACUUCAUAAUUUACGCUUUUUCGUGGUAUUUAUAUCGAUUACAGUUUAAUUCAGAUGAUUGGUAUUGCCUUGGCUCUUAUACUGUUCAAACCGUGCACCCUCACAGUAUGUUCCGGGUCAAGAAUUGCCCAUGUAGCAAGUAUCUUCACCAAAGUUCUAACCCCAAACCUUUUUAUAUUGUUUUAAUGACCUCUGCUACUUCAAAAAAAUAUUGAUUAGUCCUUCCUAAAUGUUUCAAAGAACAGGGAAAGUGUAUUUUUUCAGUUUUAACAUCACUCGUUUUUGGUGAAAUAUAUACAUUAGAGAAGAAUAUCUAUGAUACAGGAUAAUGUCAUCUAAUAUUAUGUAAGACAUAAAAGAAUAUAAAAGUCAUAAUGAUCUGAAUAUAAUUAAUCGGACAACAAACUUCAUAUUGAACUCUGUUCUCACUGCUUGUCUCUGCAUUCAAAGCAAAGGGAGGACACUUUACGUUCGUGGAGCUUGCACAUGUGUUUUGUAUGUAUGUAUGUAUUGUAUUUGUUUUCCACUGCAAUGGCCGCUCUCUCUACCCUCAUAAUAUUAUGACUCUAACCGCCUCCCUCCCAAUUAAACAGAUUCCAAUUAGUUACUCGGUACAUUAUAUUGCAGAAGCACAUGUACAUGUUAUGUCUGUGUCAAAGGGUCAAAUUUGACCUGAACAGUAUGUGAGGGUUAGUUAGCAGUGACAAAACAAACGACAGCAUCAGUAUCACACACCGUUGGUGUUAUAAGCAUCCAUGUGGUUGUUAUCCUAUCAUGCAAACUCUUGUAACUGCUUGUUUCUUUGUGUUUGGAAACAUACGAGAAUCCAUCAAAUGUAAUUCUUUCUCCGUGUUGUCUUUCCGCUUCAGGAAGUGUUGAAUAGAUGCUCUUUGCCUCACCAUGGCAACAGAAGACAAGAAACCAGAGACAGACACCAAACCUCCAGUGGUACCUUCAGCAUCUGCAAGUCAAAGCAAGGUCUGGAUCCUUUACGAAGGCUCUGUCCUGCGUUUUCUGUUGUUACUUGUUCUAUUUGGACAUAUUUUGUUUCUUUUUCAUUUUGAGAUGUUUAAAAAUUAAAGUUUUGCCCGUUUUUCAGACACCAGGAAGAGAAUUUAUAUCAAUUUAUUAUUAAGUUAAUAUUUAGUUUCCCCUUUUGUGAUCAAUAAAUAUCUUCUAAACUUAUCUUCUGUAUCUUAUGAACUGUUUUUAAUUUAUUUUCAGUCUGCACCUGCCAAGCCAAACUACAGCCUGAAAUUCACCCUAGCCGGUCACACAAAGGCCGUGUCCUCGGUCAAAUUCAGUCCCAGUGGAGAAUGGCUCGCUAGUUCAUGUAAGUUCUUUCCGUCUCUUUAAUUUCCUCUGUUUGUUAAAAGUUUACAGCCACAGUCAAACAGAACUGCAUGUAACAAAUGCUCUUGUUUCACAUCAACUUGGAUUUCUGAGUUUAUUUAUUAAUCUAUGAACUAUCAAAAAAAAGAAAAAACAGUAUUGAUUAUUUGUUUGAGAAUUUGAUAUUUUCUGAAUGUUUGUUUUGCAUGAGUGACAGUUCAAAAACUCUUCAAAUGUUGAUACCCUGUUGUAUCUGAAAAAAGUUUCAUACUUAGUAACUGGGGCACAAGAUGUUUGACGCUUUUACUUGAAAAAUACACCAAAAUAUAAAUGAAUUUCAGAUGAAACUGUGGCAAUAUUUUUCUCGUCUAAUGGCAAAGAAUCACUGAAUCUUCUUCGUUUUAUAGACGUCUGUUUAUCAUCGUCCUCUUAGAUCCAUGUUUGGAGUGAGUACAUGUGAACUUUGUCGUUACAGCUGCUGAUAAACUCAUCAAAAUCUGGGGAGCGUAUGAUGGCAAGUUUGAGAAAACCAUCUCUGGACACAAACUUGUAAGUUUCUGCUGUUGUAUUUACCUGCAGCGGGGUUUCAUAUUUUCUGAUGGUGUAUUUGAAGAUGAAAUGAUGUUGUUAUAGUCUUUUUUUAACCAUUGUUGUGUACUUAUAGCAUCUUUGAUGUUCUAUUAUGACCUCCUCUCAGGGUAUAUCUGAUGUGGCCUGGUCCUCUGACUCCAACCUCCUGGUGUCUGCAUCUGAUGACAAAACUCUGAAGAUUUGGGACGUCAGCUCGGUAAGGCAGAUAAAAUUCAACAUUUGCAUCACUCACAGUUAGUGACGCUUAAAACAUCUGUCAUCCUACUCAGCAUUUAGCUUUGUCUGCAUGAGCAAACCAAUAAGAAACUGGCAGUAAAGCAGUUUCUCUAAGCAGUGGCUGGCUGCUGUAUCAUCACUGAAGCUACUUUAUACUCAGACUUGUCCUAACCUGUUGGGGUCCUAAACAGGUUGUGCUCAGAGUUAGAGGUGGUGUUUAUUUGUAAGAUCAAAAUAUGUGACAUUUCAACUCAUUUCAGGGGAAAUGCCUAAAAACUCUUAAAGGUCACAGUAACUACGUCUUCUGCUGCAACUUCAACCCUCAGUCCAACCUUAUCGUGUCAGGAUCGGUGAGUAAGAAGCAUGAAACAGAAACUAAAUGGAAUUUCAGAUGUUCUUUGCUUAAAUAUUUACUUCCAGUAUUAAAAGUAUCUUGUGUUCUGUGAUAAAGAAAGAGGUUGACUUUUGUUUUCUGCUUCCAGUUUGAUGAGAGUGUGAGGAUAUGGGAUGUGAAGACCGGGAAAUGUUUGAAAACAUUGCCGGCACAUUCUGACCCUGUUUCUGCUGUAAGUCACUUUUCAUUCUCAACAUGAAUCCUCUCGACUUCAGAGUGACGAAGUGUCAUUAUUUUGAUGAUCUGUCUCGACUUCCAGGUUCAUUUCAACAGAGAUGGGUCUCUGAUCGUGUCCAGUAGCUAUGACGGCCUCUGGUGAGAACAAACGACCGUUCUUCCUCUGUUUUUGAUAUUUGACGUGCUCACACUUUCCAGUCGUGCACUUUUUAUUUUCUUUUUUUACACAGCAGUUGCACAUAAUUUUAAAAGUGACAGGGGAAAAGGUCAAACCUUGUUCUACAUUUCCAUUUUGCAUCCUGCAUUGAUGAGGAUGUAGCCUCUGACAUGUUUUUAUGCUAUUGCAUCGUCUUGACACAGUUUUAGCUGAACCCUCCAUGCACUGUCUCAUCCAUUCACGUUUGACUAAAUUAUGCAUGUUGUUUGCUAAAGAUGUAGAAAAUUUAUAGCUUCAAAGACGGAGGCCUUCUGUCGAGUCCAUGUGUGCUGUAACCCGCCGUUCUGCAUUUGAAGCAUCUGAAACAUAAAGGAAAUAACACUCUGAGACUAAGAGCUGUAAUUACGAGCUCGUGUGUGAGUGUCCUUCAGUUCGUUUGUUACGAGUGUUGAAGAAAGUAAAGGUACACUUGACCAUCUGUAGUCUUAGUGCAGAUUUAUGUCCUUUAACCACAAAAUAUAGAGAGUGCAUGUUAAACAUAUCCUAUUCCUGAGAACUUAACCCUCUCUUUAUUUUGACUUCAGGGACAUGUCAUUAUUGACCGUCUGUUUUUUUUUCUUUAUUAGUAGAUUUUUCAGCACAUUGAAUAGUAAGACUGUUGCAGUUUAAUGGUCUUGAUGGUAACUGUCUUUAUUUAAUACGACUAAUAAACUACAUGCUAAAAAUAAGUAAAGUUCAUUUAGGGAAUGUGCCUUCGUAGGGCUUGUGUGUCUGUUGGUUCUUAUUCAAUCGAAAGUCUUUCUGAUGUUUUUAUUGACUUUCAUUACUUUGCAUUUACCCAGAGAAGCAUUUCAAAAUAAAAGCAUGGUUUUCGAAUGUCUGAAAAAAAAAUGACAAAAUAAAAUCAUUCGAUGAGGAUAAAUAAUAAAUUUGGACAUAAUUAGAGGUUUAGGGUUAGUAUUAUAUAAACAGAGCUAAUAUUUAUGAACAGAAAUAUUGUUUCCACUUCAUUUACUGUGUUUUUCAAAGAUAUCACAAUAGUGUAGUUAUUGUGAUAUCUUAAGACCAUGAUAAUGAUGGGGUGAUAAUCUCGUGGUGUGUGGGAAUGCCUGUGAUAUUUACUGUUUUAUGUUUUUGUCUGACUGACUGUGAAUUCAGCCGCUGUAUCAACACAGUAUCUCACAUGGGAUUAAUUAAAUAUCUCUCCUUUCUUAUCCUGUCGUUUGAUCAGACGGCUUUCUUUACAUCUUUGAACGUUUCCACAUGUCUCUCCCCGGAGAAUUUGGGCAUAUCUGUAAAACCUCAAACCGUGUAGCUGGCAUGAAUGAAUCUUAUCUUGACUGAAUCGGUUUAUUCUUGGUUAACGUCUGUAAAUGCUUGUGUGUUAACUCUGUAAUGAAACGUCUGAUUGAAUGACCGUAUUUUUUUGUUUUCAUCUGCAGCCGAAUCUGGGACACAGCAUCAGGACAGUGUUUGAAAACACUCAUAGGUAAGCUUACAUUUUAAAUCACUGAAGAAGUGAAGAAGUCAGGGUGGUUCGAUCCUCUCUGAAGGACUUUAACUUUGAAUUUGAUGUGAUUCAUGAACUGACAGCUCUCCUGUUGUUGUGUUAAUGUUAGAUGAUGACAACCCUCCUGUGUCAUUUGUGAAGUUUUCACCCAACGGCAAAUACAUCCUGGCUGCCACACUGGACAAGUGAGUAUGAAGGAAAGCUGAAACAUGGUUGAGCAGUCCACCUUUAUGUCAUAAAGCUUUUCCAGCAGGGGGCAGUAUGACGUCAUAGCAGGCUCUCACUAACUGCAGUUUGACGUAAACAGGGGGUAUUAAAUGAACAUGAUUGCAGAGAUUAGCUUUAACGCUGCUGUUUUGAUUGUUAAAGAUUCAGAUAAACAGUUUGAAUGUUUUGUUUACUUUCCAGCACGCUAAAGCUGUGGGACUACAGUAAAGGAAAGGUAAGCUGGAUAUUUGUUCUCCUGUGAGUGGAGUGUUGAGUCUCCAGUGAAUUAAAUUUGACUAAAUGAUUAAAAGCAUCAUUUUUAUGAUAAGAGUAUGAAGUGAAAAGUUUGGGUUCUCGACACCGUCAUACAAACAAAUAACUGUUUUUAUCUUAUUCCAACAUUUCAGUGCUUGAAAACGUACACCGGCCAUAAAAACGAGAAGUACUGCAUAUUUGCAAAUUUCUCUGUUACAGGAGGGAAGGUGAGAGCUCUUAUUUUACAGUUUGGUUUGUUUACAUUUAACAUGCAUAGGACAUCUAAUGCCAUACAUGUGGUCUUGUUGAAUGCCUUUGAAAUGAUCGCUCCUGUCAUGUAGUUUCACUCAUCCUUCGUUUCGUUGCAGUGGAUCGUGUCGGGGUCUGAAGACAACAUGGUUUAUAUCUGGAAUCUGCAGACAAAGGAGAUUGUGCAGAAACUCCAAGGCCACACAGGUAGAGGAGAAAAAAAAAACAGGAUUGUUUUUCUUUUUGUUUGAAAGCACAGAUUCAAAGUCUGAGAAACUUUAAAGUCAGGCGAGGUGUCCUGAUGCAAUGUCAACACCCAUCAGUACGCCACGAUCAAAGCGUUGUACAGCUCUCCGGGGUGACUCUAAGAGCAGGAAAAGACGGAAUUAAUUUAAGAAAAGGCUGCCGACAGAAGUAAUGUUCUCUUCAAAUGAUAAUAAAACUUCCUUUUUUUUUUUACACCCUUUAAUGUUCUUCUUCUUCGUCUUUUCAGAUGUCGUCAUUUCGACCGCCUGCCACCCGACAGAGAACAUCAUCGCAUCCGCAGCUUUAGAAAACGACAAAACCAUCAAGCUAUGGAAAAGUGACUGCUAAGCCCUUUGGGAACUGUUGAGCCAUUCAUAUUUCCUUUUUUUAUAGAUUUUUUUUAACAUUUUGUUGUAAUAAGAAAAGAGGACUUGUUUUCUAACAGGAAGCUCCUGCAGGGCACAGAGGGCUUUCAGGUAAUGAGAUCCAGCAAGCAAAACCAAAUGAGACACAUCAGCCACACACAGUAUCGAAAACAAAGUUCUUUUGCCACAUUGAAGAUCUCUCAUCAGUUUCUUUAUCUGUCAGACUAAGUUACCUCCAUGUCAGUCCUCUGUUCUGGUGCUACACGAUUCUGGACUGGAGUCUGAUGUCUCUGCCUCUUAUCACUUUUCUGUCUUGUACAUUAAAUUUCAUGAUUAUUGGGCCUUUCUAUGAUUUAUUCUGCCUUCUGAAUAUUCACGGUCAUUGUAGGUUUAAGAUGAGGAGUGAGUUUCCCAUGAAGAGUCAGGUUAAAAGAGUAAUUCUGUUAUUUAUUCAAGCGGCACCAUUUCCUGUGUUUUUGUUCACGCUAAACACGGGAACCUGGAUCUUAGAAAAACAGGUUCUUUAAUUUUGCAUUAACUCUGAGGGGCUUCAAAGUUAGGAUGGGAAGAAACUUAAAGCAAAUAUAGGUGAUGUUACAGGAGAGGUGAAAAAAAGCUAAACGUUCUCGCUCUUUUUUUUAUUCCCACUGAGUUAGGUCCACCUCCACUUCAAAUGUCUUAAAGAUUUUACACAGUGACCAAAUGCAUCUCUAUGUUGUAGGAUUUUUGUACAUACGUAUAUGAACCUGGACUGUGACUUGUUUUUUUUAGCUUUGUUUUUUAUGUUAGCUCAUGCUGUAGUUCUGCAAACAGACAUCUCUGUAGUUCACCUGGAUUUACUCGUAUCUAUGUUCACGUUUGACUUCAUAAACUGCAACUUAAUAAAACCAGUUUUUGUACGUUUCAUGUUUCCAAAAA